ACAUGAGGUGUCCAGAAAAAAAGGAGGGAGAGAGAAAAAAAACAGCAAAGUUGCUCUUGAUAUUGUUGCUCUGUUAUCUUAAUAUUUAUUGAACAUCUCUGAGGUGGGUGUGAGGUGAUGAAGUCUCGAGUCAUUUAAAGUUAUCCAAGAUAAGAGACAGACAAACACGAUUGACACAAGCGCACACCUCCAGUUGGCUCGUUCGGCUCCUAGUGUGGUGGUAACCCUCAGCUGAAACAGGGCCUUUUGCUGGGUGGAGGCAACACGCUGCAGCCAGGACCUGUCACAUUACUCUCAGCUCCACAGUGGGACCCGGACACCUGAGCACAGGCUGCGAGGGAGAGUUAGUGAGAUCAGACCAAACACACGGAAACAAGGACGCCUUUGCAGCAAAGUUCAACUUGGGACCUGGGAGACACUUUUUCCUCUUGAGUCAAGGGGAUUGCAGCUCUGUGUCGCUCGAGAUUGUGGAUAAAAUAACUCCUCUGUAAGACUUUUGAUCUGUUUGAAAAAGUGAACAAUGGCUAAGGAUGCUCUACUGGACUAUGAGUACCCAGACCUGGACCCUUUGCCAUCCAAAAUUGAAGCAGAAAUAAUCCCUCCAUGUGACCCCACUGCGGACGACAGGCUCUACCAUAUUUGCAUCACUGCGAUAUCUCUUGUUGUCAUGCUGAUCCUCGCAAUCUUAGCCAGACGCACGAAGGCGGACAACAGACAGAAAGGACUCCCAGGUUUACUCAGUCCAGUCAACUUCCUGGACCAUACACAGCACAAGGGCCUGGCAGUGGCUGUGUUUGGAGUGCUCUUGUGCAAACUGUGGGGCCUGGUCAUUUCGCCAAAUCCCCUCCCCUUCACAACAGACUCCGAGAACAAACAAAACUGGGUGAUUCUGGGAGUCUUCUACUACCCCGCACUAUACUACCCUCUCCUGGCAUGUGGCACCUUGCAUAAUAAAGUUGGCUAUGUACUUGGCAGCCUCUUGUCAUGGACACACUUUGUAGUUCUGGUCUGGCAGAAAAUUGAUUGUCCCAAAACAAAUCUGAUACACAAACACUAUUCUCUUUUCUCCAGCCUGCCCCAGAUAGCUUGCUUGGCAUUCCUUAGUUUCCAGUAUCCACUUCUGCUAUUCAAGGGCUUAAAGGGCACAGAGAAAAACAAUGCCACAGAGGAUCUAAGCAGCAGCUACUACAGAGACUAUGUGAAGAAAAUCCUCCAGAAGAAGAAGCCAACCGCAAUCAGCACGUCGAGCACAGAGACGCCCAAGCUCCCUCAAAGAAUAAUUGAUGCUGUGAAGUCGUACAUUUAUACACCAGAGGAAGCUUUCCGUUUUCCACUGAAGUUGGCUGUAUCUGGUGUAGUGUCAUUCAUAACACUGUAUCAGGUGUGUCUCCUUCUGAUCUCGGCAGUGGUGCCUCCUCUCCAGAUGGCUCGUUUGGGAGUCGAUGAAGACAUCGCCAACGUUUUGACUGGAUUCAUGAUAGUGCUGUCUCCAGACAAACAGGAAGUGGUCAGAAUCGUGGUUUAUUACAUGUGGUGUGUAGAAGUGUGUUACAUCUCAGCGAUGACCCUGUCUGCCGUGGUCAACCUGGCUAUGCUCAUGCGGUCUAUGGUUAUGCAUCGGUCAAACCUGAAGGGGCUGUACAGAGGAGAUAUCUAUAACGUUUACAACUGCCAGAGGAGUAUCAGGGCUUCCCGGCCAGCACUUGUCUGCUGGAUGGGAUACACCAGCUUUUCGGCGGCUCACAUCUGCAUCGGCAUGAUCAUCCAGACCAUGGUGUUCUUCCUCUGCCUUCUGAUCGCAGUCUUCCUCAUUAUCAUACCUGUCCUGCACCAACAGAACCUGAUUCUCUUUCAGAUCCUGUUGAGUAUGUGGCCCUUCUGGCUCAUGAUUCUCUUGGCUGUGUUGGUCCAACAUAUCACGGCCAGGUUCUGCUUCAUCAAAAAAACAGCAGGCACUCGAGACCUAAACAACAGGGGUAAUCUGUUCCUGCUGACGUACCUGCUUUUUCCAGUCAAUGUUUUGAUCGGGGUUCUCCUGGCGCUCUGGCGCAUGAUCAUCACAGCCCUGUUCAACAUUGUUCACAUGGGACGUAUGGAUAUCAGUCUUCUCAACCGCAAUGUGGAGGCGUUCGACCCAGCCUACCGCUGCUAUGCUCAUUAUCUGAAGAUUGAGGUGAGCCAGUCUCACCCCGUGAUGAAGGCCUUCUGUGGGACGCUGCUGCAGUCUGUGGGCCAGGAGAGCAAUGCUGCACAGAGGUCACGGGAUGGAGAAGAGGGGAUCCAGCUGGUCCAGCAGGAGAAGAAACAGUGCAGAGUGUCCAUUGCCAAGAGGGCCCGCGGGCACUGGCAGCUCCUCUACACCCUGGUCAACAACCCCUCCCUGGUGGGCACCAGGAAGCACUUCCAGCGUCCGACCACAGAGAGCUUUGUGAAUGGAAGCCUCAACCGCAGCGCCAAAGAGGGGAGCAAAAAGGAGGCGGCGACCAAGGAGACGGAGGCCGCUGCCAGUAUUUGAACAUGAAUGUGACCCUGUCUAAGGAGUUUUCUGCAAAGUCUCUCACGGUUUUGGGCAAAUUCUACAGCCACAGUAUUUGUCCAUAUACACUCAUAUACACGCACCGAUACUGUAGAUAAGUCUGCAUUUGGUAAGAAAAAUAAAUAAGUGCACUUAUAGCUCAGUGACUCAUGUAGAGAUAUGCAACAAGCCUUUUUUCCUGUUUGUCUGGAGAUUGUGCGUUUACUCUGGCUGUUUUAUGUGUCUGAUGGGAAAGCUUGUGUGGCUCCGCUCCCCCCAACUAAACACACGCAUCCCGUCAUCGUCAGCAUGUUUGUGUGCGUAUGUUGGGACAGCACUCCUGUUAUAUUUCAACCUAAAGGUUCAUUUGUUUUCCAAUAUGAUGUUAUUUUCCUCUAUAGUGCCAAAAAUGGUCUUACACAUGGAUGUGCAAUCCACCCAAGCAUCCCUUUAAAUAAUAUUUAUAUGCAGACUUGUUCAUUAUUUUUGACUUUACAGAAUUAACUGUUUUCAUUGACUGGAUGAUACAAUUUCUCCUUUUUUUUGAAUUGCACACGUUGUGUAAUUAACAAUAACCUGUGGAAUAAGAAAUACCAGACAAAUUAAGCGGUUUAUACUAUUUUCUGUUUUAUCUGUAGACAUUUCAAAAACCACAUGCUGCUGCUGCCAGAUAAUCUGCUGUAAUUGUUGUUUAAAAUCGUUCUAAUAUUCACCAACAUUAUAUGGUUUGUUUUCUCCGCAUUGACAUUUACAAUGCCGACUUUUAAGUGAAAAUAUGAACACCCGAAUUUGAUUACUGUGAAAAUAAAACUGAAACAAAA